CGUACGUGCAGUGCUAUCCGGUGAACGCCUCGAAAACGACCGCCUCCCUUGGCCCGUCAUGGAUACUUUGUCUUGUCGUAACAUCACUCCAGUUAUUCACUUACUGUAGUUGCUGCUGCGUUGGAGACGCUCCAUUUCGCUUGUAGAAAAAGAAGGCAGUCGUUGUCGAGUGGACUCUUCAGGGUCAGAAUCGGUCCGUAAUUUAUCCCAGUAGAAUUGUCAACGUCGGAAUUCCCUGAGUACCGUAAAUUUAAUGUGAGUGAGGACGGUUGACCUUUCAAUCAUCGAUAUUGCACCCCUACUACACUACAGUGCACUGCCGCGUCCAGCGCCUAGCUGUUAGCGGAAAAUGUUCCGCAGAAAGAAACGGUCGACUGCUUUUUCUCCUACGGGAGAAGGCAGGGCAUUCGAUGAUGAGCAUGUCAUGUCUGGUGAGGAAGAGGAGAUGGCCAUGUACUGGGAGCAGGAGGAGCUAGCUACGCAGAACCGCUGGGAUGAGCAGGAAGAGAUCGACUAUCAGCAGAUGGCUAAGCAACACAACCAGACACGUGCCCCGGACAUGGUCAGCUAUAAUAGACUUGUGACGCGCACAGUGAAGUUUCUUGGUAUCAUUCGAGGCCUUCAGGACAAUCGGCCAUCGGCGGAUGACUGCUUGGAGUUGAUGGAUGCCAUUGACAAAGCACAGCGUGACGGCAGACUACCCUAUGCAACGCAGGAAGAAGACCUGCGCGUCAUUACACUGUCCAAGUACGGUAUCAAAGUAAUGGAUGACAAGGGAGAGCAAGUUCGAGUGCGCCAUGCCCUGCACAGAAUAGCAAAUCUGGUGUUCUACGAGGAUCGCUAUGGCAAAGCUAUGCUGGCGUUGAAGAUAGGCGAGAAGAACAGCGACAAGCACGACAUUUACGUCUACGAAGCACCAAGCUCGCAACAAGCCGAGGACACAUGUGCAACACUAGCACAAGCAUUCGAAAGCGUCUACAGAAAUUGGCAAAGGAAUGAACUGUCGGGUUGAGAGAUCACACAAUCUGCAACACCAACAUUAUCAAGCCGGCUACAGUUUAUACAGAGUUAUGAACAUUUUAUGCUAUCAACAAUUGUGUCAUCAUUUUGCUGCUGCAAAAUGCCACAUCAAAUUAUUCAUUUUUCAUGCUUGAUUGGGAUGUAACUAAAAGGUGAUUUUAAAAUGGUA